ACAGUUUUUCUUGCACUUCACCCUUCAGAAAACUCUGGCGCUCAUUCACAGCAAACCUGUGAACAAAACAAUCCUAAUUAUCUCAUCUUAUUUACAAAGAUGCAAUUGCCUCAACACACUCAAGAAAUCUCACGCAAAGAUCUUCACUUACGGCCUUCACAAUGACACCAAAACACUAACCCAAAUCGCCAUUUUAUAUGUUUCAUUCAACCAACUUGAUGCUGCAACACUUGUUUUUAAAUUUAUAGCAAACCCAUGUAGCUAUCUGUGGAAUAUUUUGAUAAGAGAGUAUUCCACUCAUGGCAACUUCACCCAAGCUUUGGCUUUGUAUACUAAAAUGAUGCAAAAUGGUUUAAAACCUGACAAAUUUGCCUUCCCUUUCGCGCUAAAAUCUUGUGCUGGUUUGUCUAAUUUGUUAGUGGGGAAGUCAAUUCACCAACAUUUGGUGUGUUGUGGAUGUGGGCAUAAUCCUUUUGUUAGUGCUGCUUUAGUUAAUAUGUACGCAAAAUGUGGCAAAAUUGAGGAUGCCCGUUUGGUGUUUGACAAAAUGUCUGUUAGAGAUUUGGUUUCAUGGACUUCAAUGAUUUCGGGGUAUGCUCACAAUGGAUAUAAUAGCGAGACGUUGGUGUUUUCUUAUUUGAUGCGUUAUUCGGGAGUAAGGGCGAAUCGGGUUAGUGUUUUGAGUGUUUUAUUAGCUUGUGGUAAUCUUGGAGCAUUGAGGAAAGGUGAAUGGUUUCAUAAUUAUGUGAUUCAAACCGGGUUUCAUUCUGAUGUUUUGGUUGCAACUGCUGUAAUGGAUAUGUAUGCUAAGUGCGGGAGUUUGGAUUUGGCACGAAAAUUGUUUGAUCAAACACAAGGGAAAGAUGUUGUUUGUUGGAGUGCAAUGAUUGCUAGCUACGGAAUCCAUGGCCUUGGAACGCAGGCGAUUGAUCUUUUUGAUAAGAUGGUGAAUGCAGGGGUUAGGCCAAAUUAUGUAACAUUUACUUGUGUUCUUUCGGCUUGUAGUCAUUCGGGGUUGUUGGAAGAAGGGAAGAGGUAUUUUGAGUUGAUGAGAACUGAGUUUGGAAUUGCGCCGAAACUUAACAAUUAUUCGUGUAUGGUGGAUCUUCUUGGUCGCGCAGGGCAACUUGGUGAAGCAGAGGAACUUAUCGAGAAUAUGUCGGUGAAACCUGAUGCAACUAUAUGGGGAUCUUUGCUUGGUGCUUGCAGAAUUUAUGGUAAUUUAGAUUUAGCUGAGAGAAUCGCAGAUAGAAUUUUUCAGCUUGACCCAUUUGACACUGGCUAUCAUGUUCUACUGUCAAACAUCUAUGCUGCUAAAUCAAGAUGGAAGGAAGUUGAAAAGGUGAGGUCGAUGAUGGCGAGAAGAGGAGCUAAUAAAGUUCAAGGUUUUAGUUUAAUCGAGUUCAACAAUACCGUCUACAAGUUUGGUGUAGGAGACAGGUCUCAUCCUGAAUCUGAUGAGAUUUAUUCAGCACUUGAGGAGUUAGGUGCUUCAAUGAAAAGACUGGGUUAUGUUCCCAUUACAGAUUUUGUGCUUCAUGAUAUUGAAGAGGAAGCAAAAGAAGAGGCACUUUCUUACCACAGUGAGAGAUUGGCCAUUGCUUUUGGCCUCAUAAAAACUGCACCUGGGACUACCAUUCGGAUCACGAAGAAUCUGAGGAUUUGUGGAGACUGUCACAAUGCGAUUAAGUUUAUAUCAAAGAUUGUUAAUCGGGUCAUUAUCAUACGGGACAUGCAUAGAUUUCACCAUUUUGAGAAUGGUGUUUGUUCCUGUGGGGAUUAUUGGUAACUACACAGUUUUGAUUCAUGACUAUGCUUUCAUUGUCCACCAAAGUUCAUAGCCUUAUGCUUAGAGAUUAGAGAGCUUUACAGGAAACUUGGAAGAUAAACAUUGGGAAAAUAUUACUAAUAAAAAAAAAAGCUCUAAAA